AUGGGUAAUUCAGUUCCAAGCGAAAAACCUACAGACCUCAGACACACAACUGCUAGUUCUGAUCUCCUGUCUGGAGAGAGUGACAGGGACACAGUUGUAGUGGUGAGUGACUAUCCUCCAGCUGAAGUAUGUGAGCCCAUCUUUAGGGCAGGAGAAUGGCUAAGUCUUGUGUCCGAUGAGGGAUACUGGUGGAAGGUUUACUCUCCAGUUACAAAAGAGGAAAACUACAUACCACACUGCCAUGUCUCCAAGGUUUACCAUGGUUGGCUUUAUGAGAAGAUUGGCAGGCCAAAAGCAGAGGCAUUGCUUCGUCUCCCUGGAAACCGUGUAGGAUCUUUCAUGAUCAGGAAAAAUAACAGAGGCGAAGGGGAAGCUAGUUUAUACACCCUAUCUGUGCGCCACAGGUCUAUAAUGCACUAUCGUAUUUUUCGUCUGCCGAACAACUGGUACUUCAUCUCUCCGCGUCUAACCUUCCAGUGCUUGGAGGAUCUGGUCAACCAUUACUCUGACAUUGCAGAUGGCUUGUGCUGUGUUCUUACUGGGCCAUGCCUCCUCAACACGGAGCAAAACACAACCCCAGCAACACAGGCACCUCCAGUGAUGAGGAGGCGUAAUUUUGACUGGAGUGCCCUGAACAGCUCCGAGCUCAUAGUCCAGAGCAGCAGCCGUUGCUCCGGAAACAGAGACUCCAUGAUCAGCUAUGGGGUGCAGAACAGUGUUUCCUCCUACUUAUCUCUGGUAGGAGUGCAAGAAAAAAAGGAGAAGAGGAAAUACAGCUGGAAAAGGACGAGGAGAUCUGUCUGUGGGCCACCUCGUCACCAGCUGAGCACAAUAGCCAUGGAGGAGGACGUUUAUGAGGAGGUGCCAUAA